GACGGCUCCCUCCCUCCCUCCCUCCCUCCCUCCCUCGCAUCGGAAACCGCAGGCGGCUGCUCUCGCCGUUCACACGCACAAAACCCCUAAAGAAACCGCACAUGGCAAUGAGCAGCGCGGAGCGGCUAAACCCGAUAAAACAGAUGCUUUCCUACUCUCAAAGUUGGUGCGUGUGCAUUUUUGGCCUCUGCUGAAUAGACUUUUAUUGUUCUGCAAUCAACUUUUCGAUAUUCCGGAUCCGAUGUGCUAGGAGCCAGCCUUACUUCUGCGGAGAUGUUAGCAGAGACAGUGAGUGAAAGAAACGGUGGAGAUGCUUUUGAGGAGGGAAUAAAUCACUGUCUUGCCUAAGGACAAUGCGGUUGAGGAUGAGAAGCUGUGGCCUGGGCAGCCAGUCGGAGGGAAGAAAACCACAGUAGAACCUUGCCCGUCUUGUUUUCUGGGUGAUGGUGCCAGAAGAGAAGAAUAAUUGAUGGGAAACAGACACGAGCCUGUAGACACUCAUCCUUUUGCUUCGGAUACUGAUUCAUCAGGGCAUCUGGGCAUCCCCUGUGAGCCCUGAACACGGAGGAUCACUCAGGGUUAUCGACAGUGUAGCUGAAGACCUGCAACUUCACAAAUUAUUUUCUGCUAUUGGACAUCUUUUACAAGAAGCCCUGACAAAUUAGUUAAAAGAUAAAGGACGAGUACUGCAUUGCUGUGAAAGUCUGUCAUCGGGGUCUGGGUGGCUUCUACCAAAGUCUUCAACUUAGUGAAACAAGCACCCUGUCCUAAUGCUUCACGUUUGACUUGGAACCUGUUUUAUAAAAUAUAUACAUGUAUAUGUAUGUAUAUUUAUAAUCUGUAGACUGCACGUACACCAGUACUGAGAAUCCUUACGAAGGUGACAUAAAAGGAUUUAGAAAUGUAUUUGUCAAGAUUCCUGUCACUUCACGCCCUCUGGGUUACCGUAUCCUCUGUGAUGCAGCACUACCCUUCUGUGUGGGGACACUAUGACGUGUGUAAGACUCAGAUUUACACAGAAGAAGGAAAAGUAUGGGAUUACAUGGCCUGCCAGCCAGAAGCCAGAGACAUGAUCAAAUACGUAAAAGUGACUUUGGAUCCCCCAGACAUAACGUGUGGAGAUCCUCCUGAGACUUUCUGUGCAAUGGGGAAUCCCUACAUGUGCAAUAAUGAAUGUGAUGCGAAUACCCAAGAACUGGCUCAUCCUCCAGAACUGAUGUUCGAUCUUGAAGGAAGACAUCCCUCCACAUUUUGGCAGUCCACGACUUGGAAGGAUUAUCCAAAGCCCCUUCAUGUUAAUAUUACACUCUCCUGGAACAAAACCAUUGAGCUUACAGAUAACAUAGUUAUCACUUUUGAAUCUGGCCGUCCAGACCAAAUGAUCCUGGAGAAGUCACUCGACUAUGGACGAACAUGGCAGCCCUACCAGUACUAUGCCACGGACUGCUUAGAUGCUUUCCACAUGGAUCCAAAAUCAGUGAGGGAUUUAUCACAGCACACAGUCCUAGAAAUCAUUUGCACAGAGGAAUACUCUACUGGGUACAUGACAAAUAGUAAAAUAAUCCACUUUGAAAUCAAAGAUAGAUUUGCUUUUUUUGCUGGACCUCGGCUUCAUAACAUGGCUUCUCUUUAUGGCCAGCUUGACACAACCAAGAAGUUAAGAGAUUUCUUUACCAUCACAGAUCUGAGGAUAAGACUGCUUAGGCCAGCAACUGGAGAAAUAUAUGUAGAUGAGCAGCACCUGGCACGCUACUUUUAUGCAAUUUCAGACAUAAGGGUAUAUGGAAGGUGUAAGUGCAACCUUCACGCUACUGGCUGUAAAGAAGAAAACAAAAGACUACUCUGUGAAUGUGAGCAUAACACAACUGGCCCAGACUGUGGAAAAUGCAAGAAGAAUUACCAGGGCCGACCUUGGAGCCCUGGUUCUUAUCUGCCUAUACCUAAGGGCACUGCUAAUAUCUGUAUACCCAGUAUUUCCAGUAUUGGUAAUCCUCCAAAGUUUGAUAGGAUAUGGCCGAAUAUUUCUUCCCUUGAGGUUUCUAAACCAAACCAAGUUGCUCCCAAAUUAUCUAUGUCAACUGUUUCUUCUGUUCAAGUUGCAAACCACAAGAGAGACUGUUAUUGUAACCCUUUUGGUUCAGUCCAUGAUCGCUGUAAUGACAGAGGAUUUUGUGAGUGUAAGGAGGGAACAUCAGGGCCUAAAUGUGAUAAAUGUCUGCCGGGAUAUAUCUGGCACAGCUUGGGCUGUCAACCAAAUGUAUGUGACAAUGAACUACUGCACUGCCAGAAUGGAGGAACAUGCAUCAACAAUGUGCGAUGCCAGUGCCCUCCGGCUUACACUGGCAUUUUAUGUGAGAAGCUGAAGUGUGAAAGGGAUCCAGGAGGCUGCAGCCAAAACUCCGGCCAGGGGGCAAUAUCACACAGGCCACUAUUACUGCUGACUGCUCUGCUAGGAGCAACCGGACUCUGCAUAUGCUAGACUCCGUAUGGUUGAUGGCAUCACAUUCAAACUGCUUCAAACGAAUGUGCCACAUGAAAACAAAACUAAAUUCAAUUUAAAAAGGAAACAAGAGAAAAAAUAACCACAUACAACUAAGAAGGCCUAACUGAACUAAGCCAUAUUAAUCAGUUAUGGACAGGGCUCUGAGUCAAGACUGUUCACUUCUGACUCAAGACAAGUUGACAGCUGCCUAUUCUGUCAAAUCAAUGCUAGCUGCAAAGCUUACGCAGGACUGAAAUGGCUUUGACAGCCCCCAGAUUGGGAAGAGAAUUUAAAAAACAUUUGCUACUCCUAUAUGGUGCGCUACUGUACCUCCACCCGGUGUGUGGACCGACCAAAUAAAGGCAUUCUUUGCUGUCAGUGCAUUGUGGGUAUAAGGAAAUCUGUAAAAGCUGCCAUAUUGGCCUGCUUCAGUCCCCAAAUCCUUUCCAACCUGUGCUUUAGUGAACGUUGCUCUGUAACCCUUGUUGGUUGAAAGAUUUCUUUGUCUGAUGUUAGUGAUGCACAUGUGUAACAGCCCCCUCAAUAAAACUCAAGCCAGUCAUAUCCUUGUAUACCUUAGCAGCACUGCAUCAGUAAGAUGCUGUGUUCACCUACUGUACAAGAGUGGCUAUAGGACAAAAAGUGUAUUUAUCCUUUUGUAUUCAAAUGAAGUUAUUUUUCUUGAAAUAAUGUACAAUGUAGAUUUUUUGUAUUAUUGCCUAUUUGUGUUACCAGACAAUUUGUUAAUGUAUUUAAUUCUAAUCAGAUAAGAGAAAAAUAUUACUUUUAUUUAGUCCUUUUCUUUUUCUUUUCAUUUAAUUGUGCAGAGAUUUCUCUGUAUGGGCAACGUGCUGGCAUCAAAGAAUAUCAGUUUACAUAUAUAACAAGUGUAAUAAGAUUCCACCAAAGGACAUUCUAAAUGUUUUCUUGUUGCUUUAACACUGGAAGAUUUCAAAGAAUAAAAAUUCCUGCAUAAACAGUUC